AUGGAUGGCAGCAACUAUCCCAUCUCAGAAAAACCUAAAGCUGUGAUCACAUCAAGUCCUGAAGGAGACGUCCUGACAGGAAACUCAGUGACUCUGACCUGUAGACUGAAUGUGCAGCCUAAUGGAUGGAAGAUUUACUGGAUCACACCCACACAGAGCACUGAGAUUGAGACUGCAUCACAGUACUACUACUCCUACUCCUCCUCCUACUCCUACUCCCAUCACUACAUCAGAUCAGUUAGUGUCUCUGAUGGAGAGAUUAAACCUGUGGUGAUUAUAAAGCCUGAUACACAGGUGUACAGAGGAGAGAGAGUGACUUUCAGGUGUGACAUACAGACAGGAGGAGACACUGAGUGGACAUAUGAGUGGUAUAGAGACAAUCACACAUUCUACCCAUACAGCACAGCACAGGAGUUUACAGAAGAUUAUUAUUACUCCAGUGUUAAAUACACCUGCAGAGGGAGGAGAAGAGACUCUCAGCUCUCACAGAUCAGUGAUCCUGUUACACUCUCUGUAUCAGAAAAACCUGAACCUGUGAUCACAUCAAGUCCUAAAGGAGACGUCCUGACAGGAAACUCAGUGACUCUGACCUGUACACUCAAGCUGCAGUCUGCUGGAUGGAAGUUUUACUGGAUUAAAGACUCCCAAUACCUUAAGACUAAGACUGAUAUAAACUCCUACACUAUCAACCCAGUUAGUGUCUCUGAUGGAGGUCGAUACAGGUGCUUUGCUGGAAGAGGAAACCCUGAGUACACCACAUACUCCAGUCAUGAACUCCGGUUAGACGUUACUGAGAAUAAACCUGUGGUGAUUAUAAAUCCUGAUACACAGCUGUACAGAGGAGAGAGAGUGACUUUCAGGUGUGACAUCCAGACAGGAGGAGACACUGAGUGGACAUACAGCUGGUAUAAAAAUAAUAACACACACAACACAACACAGGAGUUGAUCAUCAGCUCAGUUAGAGACUCUGACGGGGGUAAAUACACCUGCAGAGGGAGAAGAAGACACUCUCAGCUCUCACAGAUCAGUGAUCCUGUUACACUCUCUGUAUCAGAGAAACCUCAACCUGAGCUCACGUCAGACCAUAAAGGAGCUGCACUGACAGGAAACUCAGUGACUUUGAGCUGUACACUGAAGCUGCAGUCUGCUGGAUGGAAGUUUUACUGGGUCACACCCACACAGAGUAACGAGACUGAGACUGAAUCAUUUCACUACUUUAUCAGUUUAGUUAGUGUCUCUGAUGGAGGUCAGUACAGGUGCAGAGCCGGAAGAGGAAACCCAGUCUACUACACAAACGACAGUGAUGCACUCUGGGUAAAUGUUACUGAGCGGAUUAAACCUGUGGUGAUUAUAAAUCCUGAUACACAGGUGUACAGAGGAGAGAGAGUGACUUUCAGGUGUGAAAUACAGACAGGAGGAGACACUGAGUGGACAUACAGCUGGUAUAAGAAUAAUAACAUGAAUAAACCACACCGCACAACCCAGAAGUUCAUCAUCAGCUCAGUUAGAGACUCUGACGGUAGUAAAUACACCUGCAGAGGGAGGAGAAGAGACUCUCAGCUCUCACAGAUCAGUGAUCCUGUUACACUCUCUGUAUCAGAAAAACCUAAAGCUGUGAUCACAUCAAGUCCUAAAGGAGACGUCCUGACAGGAAACUCAGUGACUCUGACCUGUACACUGAAUGUGCAGUCUGCUGGAUGGAAGUUUUACUGGAUCACACACACACAGAGCACUGAGACUGAUACACACUCCUACACCAUCAGAUCAGUUAGUGUCUCUGAUGGAGGUCAGUACAGGUGCAGAGCUGGAAGAGGAACCCCAGUCUACUACACACACUACAGUGAUGCACUCUGGGUAAAUGUUACUGAGAGUCCUAAACCUGUGGUGAGUAUAAAGCCUGAUACACAGGUGUUCAGAGAAGAGAGAGUGACUUUCAGGUGUAACAUAAAGACAGGAGGAGACACUGAGUGGACAUAUGAGUGGAAUAGAGACGGUGGCACAUUCUCCCCACACAACACAGCACAGGAGUUUACAGUCAAUAAUUAUUACUCCAGUGGUAAAUACACCUGCAGAGGGACGGGAAGAGACUCUCAGCUCUCACAGAUCAGUGAUCCUGUUACACUCUCUGUAUCAGAAAAACCUCAACCUGUGAUCACAUCAAGUCCUAAAGGAGACGUCCUGACAGGAAACUCAGUAACUCUGACCUGUACACUGAAUGUGCAGUCUGCUGGAUGGAAGUUUUACUGGAUCACACCCACACAGAGCACUGAGACAGAGACUGAAACACACUCCUACACCAUCAGAUCAGUUAGUGUCUCUGAUGGAGGUCAGUACAGGUGCAGAGCUGGAAGAGGAAACCCAGUCUACUACACGAACAGCAGUGAUGCAUUCUGGGUAAAUGUUACUGAGUCUCCUAAACCUGUGGUGAUUAUAAAGCCUGAUACACAGGUGUUCUGGGGAGAGAGAGUGACUUUUAGGUGUGAUGUACAGACAGGAGGAGACACUGAUUGGGCAUAUAGCUGGUAUAAGAAUGAUUACACACAGCUACGAGACACAACACAGGAAUUCAUCAUUAGCUCAGUGACAGACUCUGACGGGGGUAAAUACACCUGCAUAGGAAGAAGAAGUGCCUCUCCACUAUCAGAUUUCAGUGAUGCUGUUACACUCUCUGUACUGGCAAGACCGCAGCCUGUAGUGAAAGUCCAUCCAGCUGAGAGUGUGUUUAUUGGGGAAAACGUCACUCUCACAUGUAAGAUAGAGACUGGAGGAUCCUGGCAGUACCACUGGUAUAGGGAUAAUAAAGAACUCAGUGAUGCUGCAGGAGAGAAAACAUACACAAUCACUGAUGUUAAAGAGUCUAAUAAAGGUGAUUAUACAUGUAAAGAAACAAAAUCAUCAGACCCAAAAUACACAAAGAGCAGUCCUGCUGUUACACUGACUGUAUCAGAAAAACUGAAACCUGAACUCACAUUGGACUUUAAAGGAGCUUCACUGACGGGAAAUCCAGUGACUCUAUAUUGUACACUGAAGCUGCAGCCUGCUGGGUGGAAGUUUUACUGGAUUAAAGACACACAGAGUAAUGAGACUGAGACUGAAACAUUUCACUACUUUAUCAGAUCAGUUAGUGUCUCUGAUGAAGGUCAGUACAGGUGCAGAGCUGGAAGAGGAAACCCAGUCUACUACACACACUACAGUGAUGCACUCUGGGUAAAUGUUACUGAUGAAUCUCCUCCAGUGUCUCUGAUCAUCAGUCCCAGCAGAACUCAACACUUUACUGCUGACUCUCUCUCACUGAGCUGUGAGGACCAGAGAGACUCUACUGGAUGGACAGUGAGAGGAUACACACACAGUGAGGCACUGUACAAUUGUUCAUCAGUUUCAGGAUCUACAUGUAACAUCAGCUCCCUCUCUACAUCACACACUGGAGUUUACUGGUGUCAGUCUGAAUCUGGAGGACGCAGUAAUUCUCUCAACAUCACAGUGCACAAUGGUGAUGUGAUCCUGGAGAGUCCUGUCCAUCCUGUAACUGAGGGAAAUCCUCUGACAUUACGCUGUUUAUAUCGCAACACGACAAUCUCAGACUCUGGUGCUGAUUUCUAUAAAGAUGAUUCAGUUCUCCAGAAGCAGACUACAGGAGAGAUGACCAUCAGUAGUGUCUCAAAGUCAGAUGAAGGUUUCUACCACUGUACACACCCAGAUAGAGGAGAGUCACCGAAAAGCUGGGUUUCAGUCAGAGUUUCAGCUUUUGGAUUUUCUGGUGUAAUUAUAGGACUGAGUUUGCUCUUAAUGCUUGCCACCUUAAUGAUCUUACUGAUCCUCCUGCUGUGCUACAAGAAGAAAAAAGAAGGUGUAGAAUAUCAGACUUCGUCUGCAGUAAAUCAGGACACCUGUCAGCCUAAAGAUGGUGAUAAUGUCUAUGAAAAUCUUGAUAUCAGGAAAGCUGGAGCCAAUAAUAUGAUCCACUCACUCACACAUUCAUCCUAGAGAAAAGGAACACAAUGGUCUGUGAAGAAAUUCUAAAGCCUCCAAACAGGAAAUGGUGAAACAGCCGAAGAACAUUGUGAUUACAUAUAUUACAGAGCAUGUUGCAUGUUUUUGGAAAACUUGAUUUUUGCUUAAUUCAGAUUUAGGCAUUCACUGGAGUUAACACAGAUGUCAAUUGCAAUAAAUAAAUAAAGAAAUAAAUACUUUUAAAAAUUACCUUAAACAUUGCCUUCAACAUUUACUUUAUUACAUUUAUUCAAGUAAUUAUUAUUAUUAUUAUUAUUAUUAUUAUUAUUAUUAUUAUUAUUAUUGUGUGCUUACUUACCAAUGCUAUUUACCUACUAUUGGUUUGAAAAGAAAGCAAAAGUCCAGCAUUGGAUUUACCAUACAGUUUUUACCACUUUUAACAAUCAUCUUAAGUCACUGACUGAUAUUGUGUCUAUUCUUAGAUAUUAUUCAAAAUGUUUUAGUUAUUAUUAUAUAAUACUAUUAUAUUAGAAUAUUAUACUAUUAUAUAAUUCUGUCUUUUUUAAUUAUUAAAGAAACAACCAAAACAAUGUAAUUUUAUAAUUUUAAGUAAUACAAAUUAAUUUAUACAAAUAAAUAUAUAUGUCCCUUUAACCAUAGCAAAAUCUUAAGGUAUAUUUCUGAUUAUAUUUUCAGCACAACAGCACACCCUCUUUUGCAAUAUUUAAGUAUAUACUUAUUACAACAUCAUGAAUAUGAAAAUCAUGAAUGCACCACUCUACUUGUCUGUACUAUCUCUAAAGGAUAAUUAGACGUUGUUUUUUAGACUUGCCUUAUCCAUACUAACCACAUGUUUACUGUAAUAAACAUCUACAGUUAUAUAAUCCACAUAUUUUCACAAAUAUAUAAUGUGUUAUAUUAAAAUGUUUCAUGUGAACCCAUGUGUUCUAACAUGUCAUUUACAAAUUUCACUAAAUAAAUAAAUAAAUAACCACACAAAAACAAACACCUGAAUUUACUGACAGUUGAUGACUGGGAUAAGUUUCAGCUGAGAGCAGUUUAUUCGAAUCAGGACACAUUCACAAUAAAUAAAAAGUCUAAUAUAAAUGUAUAUAAAAUAUGCUUGAUGAAUUAAAACAGCUGGGUUUCACCAUUUUGCAUGCAAUUACUUGAAAUGAACUAAUAAACUUAUGAGGAAUAACUAUUUUGACAUAAAACCAGUGUAAUACAUUUUAAUUAACAUGAUGUAGGCAAUUGUAAGCAAUAAUGUACAUAAGAGCAGACUGUUUUUAAUUAUUUAUAAUUAUUAUAAAUAUUUUAUAAUUAUUAAUGUGCCAUGGGUUUUGCAGUUUGUUUUAAAUAAUUGAUAUGUACCAGAACAAAUAAGAAAAAAAACUUUAAAUCAGUUCAAGCACACAACAUACAUCUCUCUCUCUCUCUUUCUCUUUCUGUGUAAACAUUAUGAAUAAAUAAUAUUAUUGGACAUCGUCAGAAUAAU